CCCUAAUUGCACCGGUCCGAACAUAAGGCCCCCUUAAAGCCAUCCCCGUAAAAUUAUUAGAACCCAACGCGUUCUUCUCGCCGGAGGGCUUCGACGUUCCGGUGGAGGCGGCGCGGAGGGCGAGCUUUGGGGGCUGGCGGCGGGCGGGAUGGUUUUCGUUUGGCUCACCGCCUUCUUCCUCCUCAUAGCCCUCAUCGUUCUUGUCAUCUACCAGCUCAUGUGCUUGGCAGACCUCGAGUUUGACUAUAUUAACCCAUAUGAUUCAUCUUUGCGAAUAAAUAAAGUGGUUAUACCAGAAUUUGUCCUUCAAGGAGUCUUAUGCCUGCUCUUCCUCUUGUCUGGCCAUUGGUUAAUGUUUUUGUUUUGUGUUCCUAACCUAUACUACAAUGUGAGGCUGUAUCGGCAGCGGCAACAUCUGGUGGAUGUAACUGAGAUUUUUAAUCAACUCAACGGGGAAAAGAAACGGCGUCUUCUUAAGCUAAUCAAUCUUGUUGUACUUCUCUUUUUAUCUUUGUUCUGGAUGAUUUGGAGUGUGCUGGAGGAUGAUGAGUAGUCUGUGGAAAACAAAUAUCUGUCAGUUGCUUGCUUGCAUGAAACAUUAAUUUGCCAAUUUGUCUACGUCCUUAAUAGCUGCUGGCUCCACAUCAGGGUGUUUGCUGGUUAUCUCUCAACAAGCUCCUGGAAUCAGAAAUGGUGCGUCGAGCUGAAAUUGAGAUGUCAUCCUCUAUUUUGUGAUGCUUCCGUGCAAAUACAGGAUUCUUAUCUUUUUGAUUGUUCAUCAGAUACACCUGAAUGGCUGUUAAAGGGUAAGGCCUGUUGUUUGCCUUCAUGAAUAUCUUCAUGGUUGUACGAUAUUUAACAUUUGUGUUACCAAUAGUUGAAUUAAAGCUUUUCAAGGAAAUCCAGUUCCCUUCCAUUUUGUUGGUAGGGACUUAAAUCA